AGGGGGUGGGGGCGCGGGGGUCCUGGGGCUGGGGAGAGGCCCCCCCCGGACUGGAGGAGGGUGGGCCCGGGCCUUCCGGGGGACCAUCGCCCAACAAAGGAUCCCCGGGGCGCCCGCCCUCGAGGGCCUCCCCGCCCCUGGAUCCGGCCCCCCCCCACCAAACGCCCCGGGCCCGGCAUUCCGGGGGGCUCCCCCGCCGUCGGCGACUCGGGCGCCCCUCACUCAGCCACGCGUCUGCCUUCCAGGUGGGGCCGGGAGCGGCCAUGUCCCACGGCUCCAAGCAGCCCGGCGCGGCCGCCGCGCCGGCGGGCGGCAAGGCUCCGGGACAGCACGGGGGCUUCGUGGUGGCUGUCAAGCAAGAGCGCGGCGAGGGCCCCCGGGCCGGCGAGAAGGGGUCCCACGAAGAGGAGCCGGUGAAGAAGCGCGGGUGGCCCAAGGGCAAGAAGCGAAAGAAGAUACUGCCGAACGGGCCCAAGGCACCAGUCACCGGCUACGUGCGCUUCCUGAACGAGCGGCGCGAGCAGAUCCGCACCCGCCACCCGGAUCUGCCCUUUCCCGAGAUCACCAAGAUGCUGGGUGCCGAGUGGAGCAAGCUGCAGCCUGCAGAGAAGCAGCGGUACCUGGAUGAGGCCGAGCGGGAGAAGCAGCAGUACAUGAAGGAGCUGCGCGCCUACCAGCAGUCAGAAGCCUACAAAAUGUGCACGGAGAAGCUUCAGGAAAAGAAGAUCAAGAAAGAAGACUCGGGCUCUGGGCUCAUGAAUACCCUCUUGAACGGACACAAGGGUGGGGACUGUGAUGGCUUCUCCACCUUCGACGUCCCCAUCUUCACUGAAGAGUUCUUGGACCAAAACAAAGCGCGGGAGGCAGAGCUGCGGCGCCUGCGCAAGAUGAACGUGGCCUUCGAGGAGCAGAACGCCGUGCUGCAGAGGCACACGCAGAGCAUGAGCAGCGCGCGCGAGCGCCUGGAGCAAGAGCUGGCGCUGGAGGAGCGGCGGACGCUGGCGCUGCAGCAGCAGCUCCAGGCCGUGCGCCAGGCGCUCACCGCCAGCUUCGCCUCGCUGCCUGUGCCGGGCACGGGCGAGACGCCCACUCUCGGCACCCUGGACUUCUACAUGGCUCGGCUGCACGGCGCCAUCGAGCGCGACCCCGCCCAGCACGAGAAGCUCAUCGUCCGCAUCAAGGAGAUCCUGGCCCAGGUCGCCAGCGAGCACCUAUGAGGGUAUCCGCCGCCCCAUGGAUCCAGAGAAGACCAAGCUCUGGUCACGGCCCCUUCUCCCCACCAUGGAGGAGGAUUGGGGGUCCACCUUUUGGGGCCGUGCCCAAUCCUGCACCUUGGGGGCUCUAGCCCCCCUCAAAUUAAAUUUCUACAGCCUCCCUCUAGCUUUCAACUUCCCCAGCACCCCGAACCCAGAAAACCACCUGCUGUACGAGGCACAUCUAGAACCCAGAGCCCCGAGGCCCAGCAAGGCCUGCUCACCUUGCACGUCACACUACAGGGACAUGGGGACACCACACACGGGCCGCGUAGCCCAGGACACGGGGGGGGGGCCACGGCAGCUUGCACAUCCAAUGUGGGGAGGGAUGUACCUACUCUACCGGGUCUUGAGGACCGAGCCCUGGGACACAGGAGAGAGAAGAACCCACAGCUGACACACUGGGACUCCCAGCAGGUGCUCCCCACAAGCGCCCCCACGUGGGCGCGCAGCAGGGACAAGCCUAUACUCCAGGCGGGGCCCCCUGCCUGUCACCCCCCAGAUUCCUGCACCCCAGCGCUGGGGAGGCUGGUACCGACCAGCCCUCCCUCAUCCAGCUGAGGGGCCCAUGUGGAGGCAACCUCUGCCUUUGCUCAAUCGGGACUUUUUAAAUAAAAAAAGUGGAAUUUGAA